AUGGAAAACAAAUUGGAUCAAGUUGUCAUACUUCACAUAGGCGCUGGGAAACAUAAUGAAAAGCAGAACAACGAGUAUGUGAGAUUGAUGAGAAAGGCUUUGAAGAAAGGUGACAUUGUCGAAAUCAAUAGCAUUUUGGAACAUUCAUCAAUGACAAAUACUGGAUAUGGAUCAAGUUUGAAUAUAUUAGGAGAAGUGGAGAUCGAUGCUAGUUACAUCAAAAGUGAUGGUGAAUGUGGGGCUUUAUUAGGCUUGCAAGUUGAUUCACCAACAAAGGAGAUGUUUCGAAUUUUCAAUAAGAUCGAUAAACGAUAUGUUGGAGAGGAAAGCUUGUCAAAGCCAUUGAGUUUGCAUUGUAGUAACUUGAGGAGGUAUAUGGAUAUUCCUGUACAUGACCAUUUAGUGUCUCCCAAAUCGAACAAAAUCUACGAUAUGUACAAAGAUCAGGUAUUUCAAUACCAUGGUGAGGCUCAUAUCAAUGACACAAUUGGAUCAAUUGUGAUUGACACGUUCUUGAAUCAAACUACACUAGCCACUACAUCAGGCGGCCAUUUUUUCAAAUUGCCCGGUAGAAUUGGAUGUGCUGGGAUCAUUGGAGCAGCUAUUUAUCAUGAGCAAAUUGAAGAUUUGCAAAUUAGUUGUAUGUGUUCUGGAAACGGAGAGCAAAUUAUCAAAAAUUCCUUAGCUCAGUCAAUUGUUAAAAAUAUAAGUGAUAUGGAUGAAGCGGAGUAUGGCGCACGAUUGGAGAAGUUGAUUCUUAAAAAAACACCCGGUAUUUACUGUGGUUUCAUUGUUGUAUUGAGAAGAUCGAAUGGAAGAAUACAACUACUUUACGGACAUACCACAGAGACGUUUUAUUUUGGCACCAGGGUCAAUGAUUCAACGAGAGUAGUGCUAAGUUGUGCCGAACAAGAGGGCAAGUUCACAUUUGGCGAAUAUAAACUACGAUAG